AUGACUAGUAAAUCAGCGCUAAACUCCUUGAUGAAGACAAUGUCCAUUGAUUUGAAGUCCGACGGCAUUCUUGUCGCCAGCUUUUGCCCGGGUUGGGUGCAGACAGACAUGGGAGGAGCAAAGGCUCCGCUCACGGUCGAGCAGUCUGCAGCAGCUCUAGUGUCUUCGUUUGCCAAGCUAGACAAGAAACACCAUGGCGGCUUCUUCAGCAGAACUCUAGAGCCUAUUCCGUAUUGA